AUGGCGCAAGUAGUGCCAAUCGCUGUGCCGGGUCAACUCCUCGGAUCUACGAGCGAGUUCCGUCCUGGCCCAGGUACUCAUGUCCACAACUCCAACCUCUACGCUUCGAUCCUUGGGCCCAUCGCGACCACCGUCCCUCCCAAACCCCCCGGACCUCAGAAGCGACUGACGAAGAUCACCCCGGCUGCCCCCACGCCUCUUCCGACGAUUUCAAUCGAGCGGGAUAUAUCAAGCGCGAAUGAUGGGAAUGCAAAGACGAGAGCGGAGGUUUUGCCAGAGGUCCACAGCACGGUGCUGUGCAGGGUGACGAGAAUUACUCCAAGGCAGGCAUCGGUUGCGAUCCUAGUCGUUGGAGAGACAGUCUUGGAUGGGGAGUGGCAAGGGUUGAUUAGGGUACAAGAUGUCAGAGCUACAGAGAAGGACAGGGUUAAGAUAGUUGAAAGUUUCAGGCCUGGAGAUAUCGUCAGGGCCGUCGUGAUCUCGCUGGGUGAUCAGGCGAAUUACUACCUCUCCACCGCAAGUAACAACCUGGGCGUUAUCAUGGCCACUAGUGAGGCUGGCAAUGCCAUGUAUCCCGUCUCUUGGAAGGAGUACAGAGACCCGGAGACAGGUGCGAGUGAGAGUAGGAAGGUUGCCAAGCCAUUUUAG